CCGGAAGUGAGCUGUCAUUGUAACGUUUUCACUGGUAGCUCUGUUCUCCCUGGAAAUGAAUAUUUUUAGAUGUUCAUUGGCGCCAAUUGGACCAUGAAAUGCGCUUUUUGUCCGCAACGGGAGGAGAUAUUCACCACAGCAGCUACUCUGCAGAUAAGUAAAGUCACAACAGAGAGAAAUCUCCCUGAAUUUGGCUCCAGUGCUUUGUUUUGAGUUGGGAUACCCCUAAUACAGUCACGGGUUUUUAUGAGACAGACAUAUUUUCUACGUUUUGGCUCGUCCCGGUGCUUUUAUUACAGGACAGGAGCGGAUGUGGAGCCUCGCGCCGAGCUAACGGCUCCCUGACAGGAUGGCCAUGAUGGUGUUUGGAGCCAGAGGGAUGCUGGUCAGCCUCAGGUCGACUCUGCAAACAGCAGGCUCCUUCAGCAGAUGGAGGCUCAUGCAGAAUCAGGGGAAAUGUUUUCUAAAAAGGCGGCAGAUUCUCACCCACAUACCCAAGGUCACAUUGCUGUGUUGGGGAGCUGUCAAUGCUUCAUCCUUUGCAGCCAGGUGCCAAGAAGCAACUCUGUCACCCAAACCAGCAGACAGGAAGUCUCUUGCAAAAGUCCAAGUCCAUAAAGUGAUAUUCUUUAUCCGCCUCAGCCUGCGUGCUCUGGUUCUUCUCUUUAAAUUUGGCCCCCUUCUUCUCCUUUCCCCCUUGGCCCUGAUCUCCACCCACUGUGCUUCUUACUGGUUGGAGGCUCUGCUGUGGGUGACUGAGACCUCUGGGCCUACAUUUAUCAAGCUGGGGCAAUGGGCCAGCACCAGGCGGGACAUCUUCUCCAAAGAGUUUUGUGAACGCUUCUCCAGGCUCCAUGUAAAGGUGCGCCCUCACCCCUGGGCCCACACCAAGGAGUGCCUGCGCAGGGCCUUUGGAGAGAGCUGGAGAAGAGUCCUGGUGUUUGACAGCAAGGAGCCUGUGGGCUCAGGAUGUGUUGCACAGGUGUACAGAGGCUGGGCCAGGGUAGACCAGGUGGAAGACCCGUCCUUCCAGUUGAUUGUAGAGGAGAUGGAGAGGGAAGACAUGCUGGAAGCCUGGGAGAUCCCUGGCCUCGCAGGUGCAGCUGGGGUUCUGAGGCAGCUGUGGAAGGGGAGGAAAGAGGAGGAAGACGGAUAUAAUAAGGAGAAGAUCUGUGCAGAACAGCAGCCUGGGGAGAGCAGCAAUGAGAAGGAGCGCCUGAUACCUGUGGCAAUCAAGGUGGUCCAUCCAGGCGUCAGGAGGCAGGUGGAGAUCGACUUGCUGCUGAUGAAAGCAGGCAGCUGGCUUCUGCACUGCAUACCUGGACUCAAGUGGCUCAGUAUGUUUGAAGUCGUCGAGGAGUUUGAGAAACUAAUGACCAAGCAGAUCGAUCUUCGUUUUGAAGCCAGAAACAUCGAGCGUUUCCAAGAAAACUUCCGCGACGUGGACAAUAUCAAGUUCCCAACUCCACUACGACCGUUUGUGACCAGGAACAUUUUAGUGGAGACUUUUGAGGAGAGCGAGCCUAUUUCCAAUUACCUGAGCUCCAACAUUCCUCAGGAGGUGAAGCAGAGGAUAGCCAGGAUGGGAGUCGACACUUUGUUAAAAAUGGUGUUUGUUGAUAACUUUGUCCAUGGAGACCUGCAUCCUGGCAACAUCCUGGUCCAGUGUCAGAGGUCUCCCACUGGUUCCAGUGAUGCAGUUGGUAUCCCAGGGGACCAGCAUGGGAAGACCACCCUCACCGACCUGUUGGACACUGUUGUGGUGAGCGUCAGACCGGACCCAUGUCCUCUGCAGCUGGUGCUGCUGGACGCCGGUAUCGUCGCUCAGCUCAGCGACCACGAUCUCGCCAACUUCAAGGCCGUCUUCACCGCGGUGGUGCUGCGCAAGGGUGAGCAGGUGGCAGAGUUGAUUUUGCAUCACGCCCGCGCCAAUGAGUGCAAAGACGUGUCACUCUUUAAGAAGGAGAUGGCCGAGUUGGUGGAUCACGCCGUCAGCAACACCCUCUCUCUCGGAAAGGUUCAAGUAGCCGAUUUGCUCUCUAAGGUCUUUGGUUUACUCAUCAAGCACAAGGUGAAGCUGGAGAGUAACUUCGCCUCCAUUGUGUUUGCCAUCAUGGUUCUGGAGGGUCUGGGAAGGUCACUGGAUCCCAACCUGGACAUCCUGGAUUUGGCCAAACCGCUGCUGCUGAAGAACUGUGCAUCUCUCCUCUGAUGCAAAAGGCCCAACAGGUGGCACACAGGCAGGUAGCUGUGCUGUAAUGGGUGACUUUAAAGGUUUCUAUGGUACAGGUGUACAUCUCAUACUGUUCUCUUCAGAAUUGCAAUGCAAUGUUCCAUUGUAGAUCAUAAGAUCCUCCUCCUCUACAUUAUGGCAUAUCAAAUACCUCAUGUUGCCUUUAUUUUAGCAGCCAUUUCAUGUCACUGACUUUUCUUCAUGUUUCUGUUGCCUGAAUUAAUUGUGAAUCUUUUAUACAUAGAGACAAACUUUUAAAGCACACUCAUUGAAGCCUGAUUAGAGUUGAAUCAUUUUUUAAUGACUAAUCAAGGAGUAAUCAGAGGGCAUAUAAGGAACUAUUUAAGGUAGAAUAAUAGAAUGCUAAUAGGAACCCCAGCUUAGUAACCUGGUUGUCAAGUACUGCCUUGAUUAAAAUAUUCAUAUCCUUCCAACUUUUCUCAACUGUCCAUAUUUACAGUUACAAAGUUUUAGAGAUUUGAUGCUUUUUAUAAGAGAAACUGAGACAAAUUUGUAAAGAGAAACAUGACCUGAAAGGUAGAAAUUACUUUUGUUUUCUUUAAAAUGGCAAUAUGGUGUGCAUUGAUGUUCAAUGCUCAAUUUUAUAAAAACUUUUUAACAUGUUGAGAAUUGGAAUGCUUGCAUAUUCUGCUAUAAAAUUUAGCCGAAACUCGGUUAAAUCAGGCAGACUGUGUCUGUGAAGUCCAUGAACUUUGACUAGGCCAUUCUAAUCCCUGAAUUUUUAAUCCUGGCUGUUGUUCUGCCAUUGGCUAAACCUAAACCCACAUCUCAAGUCAAUUGCAGCAUUUUAUGUUUUUUC